AUGGUUGAUAAGUAUAAUGUUGAAGCCACGGAAAUUCUGGCAUAUCACGCUCUGAGUUUGCCAAUGACUGAAGCGGUGCCAAUAUAUGAGCAACUUCUCUCAACGUUUCCAACAGCUGCUAAGUAUUGGAAGCAGUAUGUGGAAGUACACAUGAUGCUACAUAAUGAUGUUGCAGCUAAACAGGUCUUCGGUCGUUGUUUAUUAGAUAACCGGCAAGUUUCUCUAUGGCGUUGUUAUAUUCGUUUAAUAAGGAAAUUGAAUGAAUACAAGGGUGCAGAGGGACAGGAAGAAACCAAGAAAGCUUUUGAGUUUAUGCUUAAUUAUCUUGGUUCUGAUAUUGCAUCUGGACUAGUAUGGAUAGAGUAUAUUACAUUUUUGAAGUCAUUGCCGGCUUCGGAUCCACAGGAAGAGUCUCAGCGUACGGCUUCGAUAAGGAAGGUGUACCAAAAAGCUGUAACUACACCUACUCAUCAUGUGGAACAGCUAUGGAAGGAUUAUGAGAAAUUUGAGAACUCUGUUAGCCGUGCAUUAGCAAAAAGUCAGGUGUCUGAAUACCAACCGAAGUACAACAGUGCCAAGGCCGUCUAUAGAGAGCGAAAGAAAUUGGUUGAUGACAUUGAUUGGAAUAUGCUUGCUGUACCUCCAACUGGAUCUGACAAGGAAGAGCAGCAAUGCAUGGCGUGGAAAAGGUUUCUGGCCUUUGAAAAACGGAACCCGCAGAGGAUAGAUAGUGAAUCUUCUAACAGUCGAAUUAUCCUCAGCUACGAGCAGUGUCUAAUGUAUUUAUAUUAUUAUCCGGACGUAUGGUAUGACUAUGUUACAUGGCAUGCAGAUAAUGGUUCUAUGGAUCUUGCAGUCAAAAUUUAUGAAAAGGCUUUGAAGGUUCUACCUGAUUCUGAAUUGCUGAAAUAUGCCUAUGCGGAACUGGAGGAAUCUCGUGGUGAAAUUCAGCCUGCGAAGAAAAUUUAUGAGAGCCUUAUAGGGGAUGGGGUGAAUGCAAGUGCACUGGCACACAUACAAUUUAUCCGCUUUCUGAGAAGAACUGAAGGAAUUGAAGCAGCUCGCAAAUACUUCGUAGAUGCUCGUAGUUAUCCAAACUGCACGUAUCAUGUGUUUGUUGCUUAUGCAAAGAUGGCAUUUUGUCAGGACAAAGAUCCAAAGUUGGCUCACAAUGUCUUUGAAGCUGGUAUGAAAAGAUUUAUGCAUGAGCCUGAAUACAUUCUCGAGUAUGCAGAUUUCUUGUGCCGUUUAAAUGAUGAUACCAAUGUCCGUGCUUUGUUUGAGAGGGCCUUGAACACGCUCCCACCAGAGAAAUCUGUAGAGAUCUGGAAGCGGUAUACCCAGUUUGAGCAAACAUAUGGCAAUCUGGCUAGUAUUCUGAAAGUAGAGCAAAGGAGGAAAGAAGCUCUUUCUAGAACAGGGGAAGACGGAUCCUCCGCAUUACAUGAUGUUGUGUCAAGGUACAGUUUUAUGGGUCUCCGGCCGUGCUCCUCUAAAGACCUGGAUUAUUUGGCGCGUCAAGAGUUGCUUGCGAAAAACAUUAACCAGAAGGCCGAAAAGUCGGUUCUACCAACAUCUGCUAAAGUUAAUUACCCAGAUACUUCCCGGAUGAUUAUUUAUGACUCUCGGCAACUGCAAGAUGCUGCAUUACUUCCUAACAAUGCAGAACUCCCAGCUGCUUCAAACUCCAUACUACCUGCUCCUGCUGCACCUUCAGUUGUGGGGACUGGGACAACAAAAUCACUUGAUGAAAUUUUGGGAGUGCUUCCUCCAGCUUUGGCAGCAUUUGUCAGAAACUUGCCCUCUGUUGAUGGGCCUGCACCGGACGUGGACAUAGUCUUAUCGAUAUUACUGCAGAGUAAUGUUCCUUCGGUAAAGACAGGGAAAUUAGCCCCUGUUCCCAUCACGAGUGAUAGUGCAAACAAGUCACGGCUCAACCCAGGUGCCGUGCCUUUCAAAUCAGCUAAACAAGUCCAUUCAGGGGGGAAGAGAAAAGACAUGGACAGGCAACAAAAUGAUGAAACCCCAGCCCAGAGCCAACCAGUUCCAACAGAUCUUUUCAAGAUUAGACAAAUGAAGAAAGCUCGAGGAGUAACCAGUUCACAAACUGGAUCCGCAUCCAGUGGUAGUGGAAGUUCGUUCUCAGGAGAGCUGUCAGGCAGUAUUGGAUGUACUUAA